AUGACGAGAGUCGGGAUCAAUGUGGCCAAUGGAACGCACCAGAAGCCGUCGCUCUCGCGGCUUCCGCUUGACGUCUUGCAGCUCAUCCUCUCCUUUCUUCCCACCCCCGCCACGCUACGGACGGUGGCAACGCUCUCCUCUUCUUUCGCCGCCCUGGCUCAGAACGAGACGUACUGGCAAAAUGUGUGGAUCCAACGCGUCAGCGCGUGUUUCCGCAGCUACGUCCAACCCGUGUCCUCUGCCUUUGCCCCAUCUGAUGCGGGGUGCUGGGGCCAUGUGGUGUCGCUCGUGUCAGCCCCAAACCAGGCGUUGCCGCGUCUAUCCAGACAUAAGUGCGGUGGUGGCGGCGGCGUGACGAUUGUGGAAGAACACGACGAUUCGGAGGGUAGCGUCACACAUAUUGGGCUGUGUAUUGGGCCGCUGCUCCUGCGUGCGGCGGCGCCCGUGGACUUUGCAGCUUUAGCGUAUCAUCUCUUAUUGCCCACGCGCGAGACAAGCGACGCCCCUGUCUAUGGGAAAGGUGCGGAGGUGGGGAACGCAUCCGCUGCAACUGCGGGUGUGCGACGUGCAACGCAGGGCAGUCAUUCGCUGCGCCUGCAAAAGGCCCUGUUUUUUCUCGACAACGCGGCGUCGUUGGGGGUGGCGACGGGGCGUCGCCCCAUGAUUGACGGUCUCCACGUGAUACGCCUCUUUGGGUUUGAGGUCGGCCUGUCACCGCCGCAUCGCCGCGAGGGAACACUGCUGGAGCAGGAGGCCGCGCUUGGGGAGUUUGUUAGCGCCUUGGUGUAUGCGUGGGAGUGCUGUCACCCGUCACUGCGUCCAGACAUCUCCACGAAGCGGGGUUUGCUUCCACAGGCGGAGCUGCAGUCGACAUCGUUCUUCCUCACCGGCGGUGACGAAGACGUCGACGUGGGAGAAAUGGGCGACAUCCACUUGGGCGUUUUUUUCCCUGUCGCGGCCUCGUUAUCGUCGUCCUCGUCCUCGUCUCUUUCCUUCGACACUCCCCAGGCUUUGCCUGCAGUAGCUUCAUCUGACAGCGCUUUAAUCGUCACCGCUGCUUCUGCUGCUGCUGGCACAGAGUGCUGUCUGUGUCAUUCCCUUUCUGAUACGCUGAUGUACCUGUUCCUGCUGCACCACGUCACCUUUUCCGAUGUUCAUCAGCAUGUCUGGGACGACGAGCGGAAGUGUGCCAUUUGUAGCCGCGUGCUGGGUCCCACAGGUCAGGCGGUAGAGUUUCGCUUUUUUGUGUCUUCCCUCCGCGGCAGCUACCCGCGUUUCUUUGUGAAGAUGAUGUUUGCUGAAGGCGAUUUGCCACGCACAUGUAUUCAGGAAACAUUUAACCGCGAGAGUAGCCGAAGUACGGCGUUUGCGCGGUUCUCCACCUCCGCGGAGGAGGUGGAGCCGAAGCUCACCACACUCUUCUACGGCGGCUUUGGCCGGGUGGAGGUGGACUGCCCACCUACGGUGUCGCGUGAGGGCUUCUUACGUCUGCGGGGCGCGCUUGGCCUUGCGCCUGCCUUCCCAAUGCAGCUGCUUUGGAAUGUUGUGCUGCUGGCGACCGGCGUGGGUGGGGCGGCCCUGCGGACCCAGGCGCCGUACUUUGCGCUCCACUACCAGACCUCUUUUACCGCGGCGUUUGAUGAGUUGUUCCCGCCCGCCCCUGAGCGGACAUGA